CAUCAAAGUGUGCACUGAAAAAUGUUGUGAUCUAUAUCUUUGAUGCGGCGUUUUGUUAUAAACUGUAUGUACACCUGACCUGUCAAUGAAUAUAGAAAAAUUAUGAAAAAUAAAAUUUAAGAAAUGAAGAGAAAAGAAAUUUGGAUUAUUUUGGCAAUAUUCACCUGUUCACAAGCGUCACCAGAAGCGCCCCUCUCCCGCCAGCGGCGCGUGAUCGGUGGACAGGAGGUUCCGGAAGGGGAGCAGCCUUGGCUGGUCUGGCUGCAUGGGAAGAUCGUCACCCAGCGGCUAUUUGGCUUCAUACCUAUCCGACAUAAGGACGUGUAUUGCGGAGGGAGCCUCAUCAACAGAAGAUGGGUUCUGACCGCCGCUCACUGCUUUGAUGGUGGACGAGAAGCUAGAGAUGUUGACGCUUGGGAGGUGCUUCUGGCGGCCACCGACAACAAGGUGGCGCUCGCAGACAGGUUUAUGGAUUUCCUUGGUAAAACGAUUGGCCGAGCGGAUUGGGAGCUUUGGGAAAUGAGCGUAGAUAGAAUCAUCGUCCAUCUGGGAUAUAAGGCGGACAAAUUGUGGUACCAGGACGUCGCUCUCGUCCGCCUGGAUAAAGAAGUCAAACCUGGGCGACAGGGGCCGCCCAUUGCGCCUGUCACCCUCCCGGAAUCACGUGAUUCUGCGUUUCCGGUUGUAGGCAGUACAUGCGUGGUAACCGGAUGGGGAUGCACGAAAGCGGGUGGCGGAAUAUCGCGGUUCGCAAGAUCAAUAGAGCUGCCCAUCAAGCCAAGUUCCGAAUGUAACAGCACCUAUCAGCCAACAUCCAUGUAUGGACGUCUGUGCGCGGGCUUCACUGCUGAGGCCGUUGGCAGGGGCAUAUGUCAGGGUGACUCGGGUGGACCUCUUAUGUGCCGGGAUAUAUCGGGACGAUGGAGCCAAGCGGGGAUUGCGAGUUUCACGAGCCGGUACAGACCGGAACGAUUCCCUGCCGUUUUUACUAGAGUCUCAGACUACGUCGAUUGGAUUCGCCUGAAAACGCGUUUGUAGAAAUGUGGCCAUAUUUCUUCGGAUAAUACUCGUAAAACAUUAACGUUAAAAUGUUAUGGACGUUUGUUUUUUUUUUUUUAAAUUAUGUGAAUAAAUAAUAAAUUGCA